GCUUCACUGAUUGCGUGCUUGGUUCGCGCCGGAGCACACCUGGACGCUACGAAUAGAUCAGGUGUGUGUCUUCUCGAUGCCCGAUACCGCAGCCUCUUGACUGAAGCGCGUAUAUCGCCACUGAACUAUACCACUCUGGCUUGUCUGGCCGCCAGAGCAGCCAAUCUAGCUGGACUUACAGCCACUCGGACAGACGUCCAAGCUUGCCUUCCAGACCACCUGAUCGCCUUUCUCGCACUGCAUUAA